CGACCAGCCACCCGGAAUCACAUGACCCGGACUCUAAAGCGGUGAACUGAACAGACCGGAUUGUUUAUACAUGUCUACUUUAGCCAAAGUCAUGUCCAAGUUCCGUCUGGCUGUGAUCCAGCUGCAGGUGAGCAGCGUCAAGGCGGACAACCUGAGCAGAGCCCGGAGGCUGGUGAAGGAGGCUGCAGGACAGGGCAGCAAAGUGGUGGUUCUGCCGGAAUGCUUCAAUUCUCCAUAUGGGACCAACUUCUUCUCAAGAUACGCGGAGAAGAUCCCAGGAGAAUCCACCCAGGUGCUGUCAGAGGCAGCGAAGGAGAACCAGGUGUAUCUGGUGGGAGGAUCCAUCCCUGAGGAGGAUGGCGGGAAGUUGUUUAACACCUGUACAGUGUUUGGUCCUGAUGGAGAGGUGAUUCUUAAACACAGAAAGAUUCACCUGUUUGACAUCAACAUUCCCGGAAAAAUCCGUUUCCAGGAGUCUGAGACGCUGAGUGCAGGGAACAGUUUAUCAGUGUUUGACACAUCGUUUUGUAAAGUGGGUGUUGGGAUCUGCUAUGAUAUGAGGUUCGCGGAGCUCGCGCAGCUGUACAGCAGAAAAGGCUGUCAGCUGCUGGUUUACCCUGGAGCCUUCAACAUGACAACGGGCCCCACCCACUGGGAGCUCCUGCAGAGGGCGAGGGCACUUGAUAACCAGGUGUAUGUGGCCACAGCAUCACCUGCCAGAGAUGAGACUGCCUCUUACGUGGCCUGGGGUCACAGCACUGUUGUGAACCCAUGGGGAGAUGUCAUCUCCAAGGCCGGACCAGAGGAAGCUGUUGUUUACGCAGACAUCGACCUGCAGUAUUUGGCUGACGUCCGGCAGCAGAUCCCGAUCACGUCUCAGCGUCGGAACGACCUCUACGCGGUGACGUCUGCACAGGAAGGAUCGAGCUGAACUCUUUACACCAGGGUCCAGUUUUUCAGAUCAGGCUAAAAUGAUCCUGCUAAUUCUCAUCCACAUGAUUUUGUUGUUUGAAAGCGGACUGAGGAGUGGAUACCGGAGAGGUGCAAAUGAGCAGAUCUCCGCAGCUGCAGCAGCUCGAUGUCUCGCAGAAAAAGGCUUUUAAUCGUGAAAACACGAGAUGUUGCUGACUGACUGUCAGAUUACACGCGAACUGAGUGCAGUAACGCUGCGCUGACGUCAUCAGUUCUCAAGUAAAAAGCUGUGAAUUUUGUACCCGGUGUUGAUCUUAGUGAGUAAUGAAAAGCUUUUUGGUGAGCGGUGACUCGUUUAGUAUUUGUGGUUACAGAUGUGAAGAUUUGCCUCUUGCAAACUGUUUUUGUGCUCAAGAAUAAAAUAAUGAUCAGUUAAA